AUGGAGAUAGACGAGAUACCCAUUGUCAAUGACCCAUAUAUAAACAAGGGUACUCACCUACUGGACCCAAAGGAUGUACCUACAAUUGAUGAGGAAGUUCGAAUGGAAUUGAGAAGAUUGGGGGAGCCAAUCACGUAUUUCGGUGAAGGAAAGGCAGAAAGAAGAGAGAGAUUAAUAAAGUUAGUGUCUGAAUUACCAAACACAAACUUCAAGUUUGCAUAUGUCGAAGAAAAUAAUAAAGAGGAAGAAGGGAGUGAUGAAGAUAUAGAAGAAGAUGAAGAUGAGGAUUUUUAUACUCCAGGUUCAGAGGCUUUGUUAGAGUCACGUAAAAGAUUUUUACAAUAUUCACUUCAAAAGUCGUCGAAACGAAAUGAAUUACAAAAGAAUUUAUCGAAAGAACAGGAUUUCAUCAAGACAUUGAAACAUCGUCGAACGAUAAAUUCCAAUCUAUCUAAAUUCACACUUUAUGGAACGCAGUUAAUCUCUGGAAAUACAAGAACUUUGUCGGCUGUGCGAUUUUCAUCUGAUAAUUCGCUAAUAGCUUGUGGAUCCUGGGAUGGAGCAGUCUAUGUUUUGAAUAGAGACGAUUUAAAAACAAAACAUUAUCUGGGGCCAGGUCAUCAUGCAGAAAAAGUAAGCGCAUUAGAUUGGGACUUGUAUAAUAACAACAGGUUUAUGGUUACUGGUGGCAAUGAAGGAAAUAUCAAUUUCUGGACAAUUUCUGAUUCAGAUGAUACAGAACCACAGAAAAUGACUCCAUCGUUGUCAAUAAAAGAUGCACAUCAACACCGAAUAAGCAAAACGUUAUUCCAUCCUACAGGAAAGUAUGUAGUUUCUACAUCAUUUGACCAGACGUGGAAGCUUUGGGACAUUGAAAAACCGCAAGAUGCGUUGGUUCAACAGGAAGGUCACUCCAAAGAAGUAUUUUGCGGUUCGUUCCACCCUGACGGUGGCCUCUUAUCUACUGGAGGGCUUGAUGCUAUAGGUAGAAUUUGGGAUUUGAGGUGCGGAAGAUCAAUUGCAACAUUACAAGGCCACAUAAAAGGCAUAUAUAGUAUGGAUUGGUCUCAAAAUGGAUACCAUUUAGCAACUGCUAGCGGGGAUUGUGCCGUAAAGAUAUGGGAUAUACGUAAAUUCGAUAAUUCGAACCUGAAUGGUGAAUUAUUUUCAAUCCCUUCGCAUACAAAAUUGGUUAGUGAUGUUAAAUUUUUUCACAGAAGAGAUGAUACCAAGCCACUGGGACAAUUGAGCACAACAGUAACCGAUGAGUUUGAGAAGAACCCAGAACAACUCGAUACAAACGGUACUUUCUUAGCAAGUGCAUCUUAUGAUGGAAUGGUUAAUAUAUGGUCAGCUGAUAAUUGGGUCAAAGUGAAAAGUUUAAAAGGUCAUAGUGAUAAAGUUAUGAGUUGUGACAUUAGUGGAGACGGGUGCUUCAUUGUUAGUAGUGGUUGGGAUAGAUCUGUUAAAUUAUGGAGUGUGCUAUAG